AUGAGGAACGUCAAACAGACCAUCAUCCUUGCCCCCCUUGCAGCCGCGGCCCUUGUAGCCUCUGCUCCCCUCUCCUCCCGCUCUGCAAAUUUCAACUUUGAGGCCGGCGACUCGGUCCCUUCCUCGGCCCGGGAAGCGACCUUUGGCAUAGACGGCGGGGAGUCUGCCCCACUGUCGGCCCGCGACGCGACCUUCCCGACGAACCGGGGAGUUGCCGCCGCCGCCGCCGUCGUGCCGCUCUCUCCCUCCGUCCCGCCCGCAUCCCCUGGCCUGCUGGCGUCAGACAAGCAGCCCUGCCUGAAAGCCCGCGGAGUGGCGGCGGCCCCCGCGCCCGAGACGGCGGAGCAAGACGUCCAGGGCGGAGGCUACAAGCCGGACAAGGGCGACCAGUACAAGGAGGACAAGAAGGAGAAGAAGAAGGAGGCGCUGCAAAAGGUCGCCCAGGCUGCCGUCGAGGUCGGGCUGAAGGUCGCCAAGGCCGCAAAGGACGUCUACGACAAGAAGAAGGAGGCCCACGAGUCAAAGGGCGGCGGGUACGGGUACGGCGGUGGCAAGGAAGGCGGGGGCAAGGGGUAUGGGACGAAGAUGGUGGAUGUGGAUGUGGCUGUGCCCAUGGUUAAGCAUGUCGAGACCGACGUUUGCAAGGUAGGGGCUUGA